AUGGUCCCUACCAUCAAGGAACUUACUUUUCUGUCACAAUGUCUUGUUCAAUAUUCUAGGAAGCAUACUGGAGAGAAACCUAAUGAAUGUGAGAGAGCCAUCAGUCACAGUGCACCCUUUAUUUCCCAUCACAGAAUUCAUACUGCGGAGGAACUCUUUAAUUAUAAUGAAUGCAGAGAAACUUUAGGUCAAAAUACACAACUCACUUGCCAUCAGAGGAUUUCUAAUGGACAGAAACCCCAUAAAUGUAAUGACUGUGGCAAGACCUCUCUGAGAACACAGUUAAUUAGACAUCAGACAAGUCAUAAUGGAGAGAAACCUUAUAAAUGUGCUGAAUGUGGAAAAGCCUUCUGCCAGAGCACACAACUUACUCAACAUCAGACAGUCCAUACUGGAGACAAACCUUAUGAAUGUAUCAGAUGUGGUAAGGCCUUCCGCCGGAGUGCACACCUUGCUGAACAUCAGACAAUUCACACUGGAGAAAAACCCCAUGAAUGUAAUGAAUGUGGGAAAGUCUUCAGUCAUAGAUCGUCCCUUACUUACCAUCACAGAAUUCAUACUGGAGAAAAGCCCUAUAAAUGUAAUGAAUGUGGGAAGGCCUUCCGUCAAAGAACACAGCUUACUCGACAUCAGACAAUUCAUACUGGAGAGAGACCUUAUGAAUGCAAUGAAUGUGGGAAAUCCUUCCGCCUAAGCACACAACUCACUAGACAUCAGGCCAUUCAUAUGGGAGAGAAACCUUAUGAAUGUAGUGAAUGUGGUAAGGCCUUUCAUCAGAGUACACAGCUUAGUCGACAUCAGACAAUUCAUAAUGGAGAGAAACCUUAUGAAUGUAAUGAAUGUGGAAAGGCCUUCCGCCAGAUCACACACCUUACUGAACAUCAAAUAAUUCAUACUGGAGAGAAACCCUACAAAUGUAAUGAAUGUGGAAAGGCCUUCCGCUGGAACACACAGCGUACUCGGCAUCAGACAAUUCAUAAUGGAGAGAAACCUUAUGAAUGUAACAAGUGUGGGAAGGCCUUCCGCCAGAAAACACAGCUUACUCGACAUCAGACAAUUCAUACGGGAGAGAAACCUUAUGAAUGUAAUGAAUGUGGGAAAGCCUUCCGUCUGAGCACCCAGCUUACUCAACAUCAUAUAAGUCAUACUGGAGAAAAACCUUAUGAAUGUAGUGAAUGUGGGAAGGCCUUCCGGUGGAGUACUCAACGCACUCGGCAUCAGACAAUGCAUAAUGGACAGAAACCUUACGGAUGUGGAAAAAGCUUCUGUGAGAAAAAACAUCUUACUCAACAUCAAACAAGUCACAUUGGUGAGACAUCUGCUAAACAUAAUAAAUAUGAACAAGCUUUCUUCCAGAGAGGACAGCAUACUCAACGUCAGACAAUUCUUAAUAAAGAAAUCACAUUUAGGUAAUAUAUGGGGGAUGGUUUUCCACCAAAGCAUACAGCUUACUCUGCAUCAAAUGGUUCAUCCUGGAAAGAAACUUCUGUGAAUGUGAUAAAUAUAAAAAAACCACACUUUUACUUAAAAAAUCAGAAUUUAUACUGAUGGCAGACUCCACAAA